AAGGGUCACACCUCGGCCAAGGCAAUGAUUGACUUGUGUCAGUGGAGAGCUAGAAUAGGAUCUUGGAACUGUAGCUGUACUAGCAGUGGUAGCAUUUACCCGUGCAUUUACUGGACAUCUAACAGUGGAAUAGGUAGAGCCAAUGUCAAGACCCCUAGGCUUGUUUUGUCUAUUUUUUGUCUCGCUAUUCUCCUCUUCAUAUCAGGAGAUGUGGAACUCAAUCCUGGACCCACUCUUACAGACAAGCCAACAAAAGAUGAGUUAAUUGAGUUAUUGAGUAGCUCAAAGUUUACUGCUGGUACUUGGGAACAGUUUGUCUGUCAUCUUCCUAACAUGACACAAGAUACUGUUAGUAGCAUUAAACAUAGAGUGGAGGAACUCUGUGAUAUUCAACCUAGUCCUUUUGAUUACAUGAGUGCUGUAGCUCAAUAUUAUCUUGAUAGCAGUCCUGAUAUAACUUGGAAAAGCAUCACUAUUGCACUGUUGAAUGCUGAUGAAAUUAAUUUAGCUCAUCAAAUAUUUGAUAGCCACUCAGGUAAAAAAAGGAGCUGAAAAAUUAUAUUAUUGGGGCGAGCCUGAGCUCGCCCCUAUGG